AAUUCCAGUGGCGGCCCCUACGCCGUUGGCCUUGCUCUUAAUCUCUCCCUCUCUCUCCCUCCAUCUGUCUCCAAACAAAGCCACCUCUUCCCAACUCUCCCUCUCUCUCUCUUUCUUCAUGUCCUUGUGCCUUUCUCUCUAGUAUUUAAAACCCCACGCCACUAACAACCAACAUAACCAAACCAGAUAAGAUCACCAAACCCAAAAGCCCAAACCCAAACCCAAACCCAAAAGCCUCCCUCCAUUCUAAGCAGAAAACAAAAUAAAACAUUUUCUUUGUUCGUUGUUCUGUCUUAUAACACAGACAACAACAACAACAAUUCAAUAUCUGUUUCAAACAUCAUGAAAGAACUCUUGUCUUGGCUCAAACUCCUCUUUUUUUCUCUCAUCUUUCUUCUCUUAGUCCUCAAAGUAACAGUGUUACUCUGGUGGAGACCAAGAAAAAUUGAAGGCUAUUUCUCCAAACAAGGAAUCAGAGGACCCCCUUAUCGUUUCUUCAUUGGAAACGUUAAGGAACUUGUUGGCAUGAUGUUGAAAGCUUCCUCUCAACCCAUGCCUAAUUUCUCCCACAACAUUCUCCCCAGAGUCCUUUCUUUCUACCAUCACUGGAAGAAAAUUUACGGUGGAACAUUCCUAGUUUGGUUUGGACCCACUGUUCGUCUUACAGUGUCUGAUCCAGACCUUAUAAGGGAAAUCUUCACAUCCAAGUCAGAAUUCUAUGAGAAAAAUGAAGCUCCACCACUUGUGAAGCAGCUAGAAGGUGAUGGACUUCUUAGCCUUAAAGGAGAAAAAUGGGCUCACCACCGUAGAAUUAUUUCUCCCACUUUUCACAUGGAGAAUCUUAAAUUGCUGAUACCGGUGAUGGCAACAAGCGUGGUUGAGAUGUUGGACAAUUGGUCGGAAAUGAGUCAUAAAGGUGAGGUGGAAAUCGAAGUUUCCGAAUGCUUUCAAACCCUAACCGAAGAUGUUAUUACUAAGACCGCGUUUGGAAGUAGCUAUCAAGAUGGAAAAGCUAUUUUUCGGUUACAAGCUCAGCAAAUGGUCUUGGCUGCUGAUGCCUUUCAAAAAGUUUUCAUUCCCGGUUACAGAUUCUUUCCAACAAGGAGGAAUAUAAAAUCUUGGAAACUGGACAAGCAAAUAAAGAAAUCGUUGGUGAAGCUAAUAGAGAGAAGGAGAGAGAAUUCAAAUUCAAAUGAGAGAAUGGAUGAAAAAGGGCCAAAAGAUUUACUUGGAUUAAUGAUUCAAGCCUCUAGCAAAACAAAUGUGACAGUGGAUGAUAUCGUGGGAGAGUGCAAGAGCUUUUUCUUUGCGGGCAAACAGACCACAUCCAACUUGCUGACGUGGACGACCAUACUCUUAGCAAUGCACCCACAAUGGCAGGUACAGGCACGUGACGAGGUCCUUAAGAUGUGUGGGUCACGUGACAUUCCAACUAAAGAUCAUGUUGUAAAGCUCAAGACGCUGAACAUGAUAGUUAACGAGUCACUACGACUAUACCCACCUACAAUCGCAACAAUCCGACGGGCGAAAACAGAUGUUGAAUUAGGAGGCUACAAGAUACCGCGCGGGACAGAGCUAUUAAUUCCAAUCCUAGCCGUUCAUCACGAUCAAGCAAUAUGGGGCAACGAUGUAAACGAAUUCAAUCCUGGCCGUUUCUCCGAAGGUGUGGCCCGCGCCGCGAAGCAUCCAGUGGCGUUUAUUCCUUUUGGGCUCGGUGUGCGCACAUGUAUAGGACAAAACCUCGCAGUGCUACAAACAAAAUUGGCACUAGUAAUGAUACUGCAGCGUUUUAGUUUCAGGUUGGCCCCUAGUUAUCAACAUGCACCAACGGUUCUGAUGCUACUUUAUCCUCAGUAUGGUGCACCAAUCAUAUUCAAACAAUUGUCCACACUGGAUAAUAGCCCUCAAGGGUCCUCUUCAUAAGUGAUUGGCAAGUUUGUGUAGAGCAUGUAAAUGGACCAAAUUACCCCUCCUAAAUUAAAAUCCAUGAAUAUAUAGAGAGAAGUGUGAUGAGUAAAAUUACGGUGGUGCCCUUUCGUUUUGUCUGCAAAUAUUUUUAUCCAUGUGUUUAUUAUUUUUUUGGUUUCUGAUCAGAACAUACUGACUCUAGCAUGUGAGGUUUGGUUUGGUUCUUUUGCCGAUUGCAAUGUGGUUGUUAUUAUCAUAGGAAUAGAGCAGUAGAUGGCUAACAAUUUGCUAGACAGUUGUUUCAUUUGUGAAUGCUAUUGUGCAUAUUUUUUUUAAGAAA